ACAGGUCGGGCUCACCAGGGGUCGACCCGGAUGCCGCUCCAGCCAGGCGAAGGCGUCGUUUUCGGACCCAAGCCCAGAGAUUGUGGCAUCAAGAUCAACCGCAAGGAGAAGAGCCUCGCGAUUUCGACGUCUGUAUCGAGCGAGGUGGAGAACACGAUCGUGGUUGAGGAUUUCAGCGACGAGUUCAAGAAGCCGAAGACGAAGGAGUUCAUUGUGGCGAUGAAGAGAUGGGGAUUGGACCCAAAUGAGAAGACGACCUUUUUGAUGAGGGAGGUCGCUGACAAUGUGAUUCUUUCGAGUAGAAAUAUUGGGACUUUGAAGAUGUUGACUCCGAGGACUUUGGAUUUGUUUGAUAUUUUGAAUGCGGAUAAAUUGAUUCUGACGCCAGAGAUUGUGGAUUAUCUGAAUGCGAUAUAUGGGUUGAAUUAUGAGGGCGACGAUGAGGACGAAGAAGGUGCAGAGGAAGAAGAUGAAGAAGUAGGUGAAGGAGGAAGUGAAGUUGAAGAUUAA